AUGGAAGAUUUGCCGGCCACACUAAAGUGUCGACGCCGCUUUACUAAGUUACUACAAAAGCCGCUAGAUCCACGGAUAGUUCAUUACAUUGACGAGGCUGGGUUAUCUGGGCUAUAUGGCAUUCCAUUUAUACCACUCGAUCAUGCGUUGAUCACUGCAUUGGUUGAACGAUGGCGUCCGGAGACCCACACUUUUCAUCUACCCCAUGGCGAGAUGUCCAUCACUUUAGAGGAUAUGGAGGUCAUGAUGGGGCUACCUAUAGAGGGAUUGCCAGUGGUGGGGAAGACUGACAUGAAAUGGAAGGAUGAAUGCGAACGCUUACUUGGUGUUACCCCUCCACCCUCAAUACCAAAGCCUAAUCAGAACAAGUCUGUGCUAGAUGGGUCAAGAAUUAGACUAAAAUGGCUCGCUGACCACUUUAGAGCCCCCUUACCUGAGAAUGCCAGCGAAAAUUUGGUGCAACAAUAUGCUCGAUAUUAUAUACUGGAGCUGUUGGGUGGCAGUUUGUUUAUGGAUACAUCAGGAGGACGGGUCUCUCUAAUGUUUCUUCAGUUCUUGGAUCCCAUCAGUGAUGCCAAGAAAUACAGUUCGGGUAGUGCAGCCUUGGCAUGGCUAUAUAGACAGCUAUGCAAUGCCACCCACUUGGAGGCGAAGCAGAUUGGCGGUCCACUAAUCUUGGUGCAGUUGUGGGCUUUUGCCAGGUUCCCACACAUGUUUCCAAAGAUGAAACAACCCUGUCAAGGUGCUCUGGACCAGGAAUUGCUGCCAGGACCUUAUGCCGUUAGAUGGCAAGGGGCAAAGUGCACAGAUAAUACUCACACACAUGUACUAGAGGAAUAUCGCGCCUCAUUUUCUACGAUCCAAGCCCAUCAGGUAUCAUACCCGUUUUUAGGCAUCGUUUAUCAUUGUUAUGUUUGUGUUCAUUCAUGUAAAUAA